ACACUUGUACAUUUGUAGUUUUACACUUGUACAUUUGUAGUUUUACUGUUGUACAUUUGUAGUUUUAUACUUGUACAUUUGUAGUUUUCAGUUGUACAUUUGAUUUGUUCAUGUUUAAAAUCUUGUGAAUCAGUCGUGUAUUUGUGAUGUCACCGUGUGGGUGUGAGAGGAAACAAACGUCUACAGCUUCACUCGACUCCUGAACGCCACAAGAUGUCCUCCCUGGACCUGGCCUUGUUCCUGAACCAGACUCUGGACCCUCUGGACUCUCUGGACCCUCUGGAGGACUACGGGGAGGAAGUGGACUACUCAGACUAUUACAACGGCACGUGGGAGGGUUUGUGUGACACCGUCCAGAACCGGAGCCUGGUCCUGGUCCUGGGUCCGUACGUCCACUCUGUGAUCUGUGUCCUGGGUCUGAUCGGGAACUGCCUCAUGCUCGUCCCCCUGUACUGCGCCCCCAAACCCUCCAUCACCCAGGUGCUGCUCCUGCACUUGGCCCUGGCAGAUCUGGUUAUAGUCCUGGUCUUGCCGGGUUUGGUGGUGAUGGAACUGGGGGGGUGGUCAGACGGGGGGGCGGGGUGUAAGAUGUUGAGGGGCGGGUACAGCAUGAGUUUCUACGGCGCCGCCCUGCUGCUGGCGGCGGUGAGCGCGGACCGAUACGCGGCCGUCGUGCACGCGCGCAGACGGCUCAGUGCGAGCUCACAGGCGCCACGCCACCUCGUGUGCGCCCUCGUGUGGUUCUGUGCAGUACUGCUCAGUCUGCCCAACUUCAUCUUCUACGAGAGCUACGUGCCCAAGCACCACGAGGUGAUGGAGCUGGAGGCUCUGAACCAGACCUCGGACCAGCCCUCCUACUACUCUGGCCCCGCCCCCAUGGUGUGCGACCUGCGGCUGCCUGACAUCAUGAGUUCGUACUCGGUUAUGUUUUCGGUGCUGCAGAUCACGUUGGGGUUUGUGGUUCCGCUCAUCGUCAUGGGCUUAUUCAUCGCGGUGACGCUGCUGAAGGGGCGGGGCCUGAGCGGCAAGGGGCGGGGCUUCAGGAGAGAGCUCGCCGUUCCUCUUCAGGAGAAAGCACCAAGGGGCGGAGCUUCAGGAGACAGCGUCCGCCUGGUCCUGAUGGUGGCGCUGGUGUUCAUCUUAUGCCACGCCCCCUUCAACGUUGUGCUGCUGAUCCACACGCUGCAGAAGUUCAAACCCAGCGACUGUGAGUCCGUGGAUCGCCUGGAGAUGGCGCUGUCGCUCACUCAGACCCUGGCUCUUCUUCACUGCGUGCUGAACCCGCUGCUGUACGGCUUUAACAGCGCCUCCUUCAGGACGCGCUUCUGCGGCGUCCUGCACAAGCUCCAGCGACAGAGACGCCUGUCCUCCACCAGCCAAUCAGAGCGCAGCACGCACUACACGCUCUGACCAAUCACACGCAGAGAACCUCCCUCAGCCCCGCCCCCUCCUCCCUGUGACAUCACCACACCACCACCUGCUCCCUCAGAACUUCAGGAGGUCUUCAGGUCUUCAGGAGGACUUCAGGUCUUCAGGAGGACUUCAGGUCUUCAGGAGGACUUCAGGUCUUCAGGAGGUCUUCAGGUCUUCAGGAGGACUUCAGGUCUUCAGGAGGUCUUCAGGUCUUCAGGACUUCAGUCUUCAGGAUCUCUUGUCUCUGUUUCUGUUUCUGCAUAAAACCUCUGAAACAUUGAGUUGUGUUUAAUCUGAUGAAGAAACCAGAACUACCAGAACUAAACCAGAACUAAACCAGGUCUAAACCAGAACUAAACCAGAACUAAACCAGAACUAAACCAGAACUAAACCAGGUCUAAACCAGAACUAAACCAGGUCUAAACCAGAACUAAACCAGGACUAAACCAGGACUAAACCAGAAUUAAACCAGUUUUUCCGCUGAUUAAACUUUGUCACAGUUUGUGUAAAAAUGAAACUCGUCGUUCUGUUUUGUCAGAUUUUAUUUUAUGAUUAAAACUUUGAUUCCAAACUUUUUCACGGCAAAA